CGACCGAGUGGCAUUCCCGACGUUUCCGAAGCCGAGAGAGGCUUUCCUUCCCUUUCUUACGACCUUCCUCUUCUCUUACGAACGCCCCUCCGUACCAGCCAAAGGCACCACCCACCCCUACCUCCACCCCCUAUCCUCCGCCGAUCCUAGCACUCACCUACGCGCGCCAACUGCCCUAAAACGCCUCCUCCUUAUUCCAUUAAUUCCAUAUUCCUCCUCCUUGGACUGCUGGAUCCUAUCGCCAUGAAGGCACCACAGCUGAUCACUCUAAUCCUGUCCAGCGCCCUCGGACUCGCUUAUCCUAUGCAACAGGUGGAACUGGACCACGUCGAACCACUACAGACUCUUUCUACCUUCGACGGAUACCAGUUUGGCAACAACUUCGGCCCCGAUGGUGUCUACAGUUUCUUUUACCUCCUGCCGACCAGUUCACGAUCGGAACAACGAACAGCCUCAGGAGAGGUGAAAGGAGAGUACGCCUUUGUUGCUCCUGAAGGCGACGAAUUUGAGUUCCGCUACAACGCUGAUGACGAAGGUUUCCGCGUAGAAAGCAACGCCCUUCCUGUACCACCAGAAGACACAGACGAAGUGAAAAAGGCUAAGGAAGAAUUCUUUGCCGCCUACCAGAAGGCGCUCGAGCUCGCCGAGUCGGAGGAAUCAGACGAAGAUUCCUCAGAAGAAGGCUACAACGAUUCUGAUUCCAGCGAAGAAGAAGACUCAGACGAGGAUGACUCAGAAGAAUCAGAUGAAGAUUCAGAGGGAUCAGAAGAAGAGGGAUCUGAGGAAGAAGAAGAGGAGGAGGAGGAGGAGGAGGAAGAAGAAGAGAAAGAGAAAGAGGCUUCACAAGAAGCAACACCUGUUAUCUAUCGUCCAAGUGGUUUUGGCCGUAAAAUCCAAAGGCCUUACCCUUACCCAUACUCACGGUGAUAUGCUUAUCUCUGAUGAGCAGGUUCCUAAAACCCAUACUCAUUUUGACAGAAUCCAAACGACUUACUGAUGAACUAGCAUUGUUGAAAUGAUCCUCAGUUCCGAGUCUCGUCGCGUUAAAACGCCACUGGCUCAAGGGUAUUCCACCUUAUUUAAUUUAUAAGAAUGAAAAGAAAGAGCAAAAUAAUGUAUACAGGAGAAAUCCAUGCUUCUGGUGUGCAGUUAGGACAACACGUUCUUGUACAUCUUCAUAAAUUCUAAUCUAUGAUUCGUUUUAGGUUUUCUUAACAUUAUUAAGAAUGUCUUAAUCCAUUCCAACAUUCUAUUAGGCUGAAGUAGUCACCUGCCAAUCUAUCAUUGCUUUUCCUUAAUGUUUCCCACAACUAUGGUGCUUUUAUGUUUUGAUGUAGUAUGUCCUUAGUGUGCUUCUACUGAAAGAAGCUUUUACUCAACACUGUGAUUAUUUAUUUCAACAUUUGUCAUCAAAUGAUGAAUUUGCAGGUCGUCCGUGAGGGUGUUUUCUGUUGCUACGAAAGCUGAAAUUGGGUUUACCAAAAGACAGUUUCUUUGGAUUUCAAUAUACUUCACUGCAUAGUGCCUCUUUUACUAGCUUCUUUCAAACAUCUCAACUCUUCCCAAAAGGAAUGUAACGCAACAAAACCCACCCUUAAAUUUAUGUUGAGCAAAUGGAAUGUGCCAAUGGAUUAGAGACUUCUAUUAUGUACAUUAUUUCUGUCAGACUCGAAUGAUGACUUACCUCUUGUGACCUAUGACCUAUUUUCUGAUAUACGCUUUAGGGAAGUUGCUUUCUAUUUAUAAAUGUACAAAUAAUAUUGUCCUUCCCCAUUAAUGUGUGUAAAUGCUUCGCUCAGAUACUGAAAUAUAUUUUACUGAUAUUUAUAUUUUUAUACACAUCAAUGAUACAGUGUGCUGCGAAUAAAAGCUUCAUUGAAACGAUA